UGUUAACCCGCCUCACUGCUAAGAACCAGGUUUCCUUUUGAAUGGGAAUCUCUGAGAGGAAGACUUAGAGAGAGAAAGUUGGCGAUCAAUGGGUUGUGUCUCUUCCAAACUGGCUAGAGAGGAGGCAGAUCGAGAGAGAGAAACAUCCCCUUACAGCCACUCCCAUCACAUUGUUUCUCUCACUUCAAGCACCUAUGGAGCCCUCAAGCUUGAUCACCCUCAAGGUUUCACUGAAACACCAGAAACCCAUCAUGGGUUCUUCAGAUUUGGUGUGGAUUCUUUGACAUCGAGUCCGAAAGCCUGUGGGUUUCGUGGAGAACCAGAGAUCAUCAAUGCGUGGGAGCUAAUGGAAGGCCUUGAAGACGAGGCCCCACAAUCUGUGUCAUCGAAAAAGCCCUCGAAAGUUUCUCUCUCUUCAGUGGCCGAGAAUGAGUCAAGAGCUCGAAGGAGCUCUAACCAGUUGAAGUCUCCAUUGAAGCCUAAGAAGUAUUCCGGAGGAAAGGAGAACAAGCCCGGAGUGGAAGCCCAACCUAAUGAGAGACAGGUACUCAAACCUUUCAACUCCUUAGAGAAUCUAGAGAGAGACAAACCCAAAACAGAAUAUGGAUCAAAGAACCCUCAGAUUGAUGUAAAACCCCAUAGUUUCAGAAAACCAGCAACCAAUUUCUCUGCAUCAAAAGGAUCCAACAGCCCGUUGUUUGACCCCGAGCUCAUUGCCUCUCUAGAGAGGGAAUUGUAUGAAGAGCCCAAAACAAACCAGAAAAGUCCCUCCUUUCCUUUGGAGAAGUUUGAGAAGAGGUGCCCCCCAGGUGGGGAAAAUUCAGUAAUUUUGUACACGACUACUUUGCGAGGGAUCAGAAAGACAUUUGAGGACUGCAACAGGGUGAGAUCAGCCACUGAAGCGUUUGAUGUACGGUUGAUAGAGAGAGAUAUAUCAAUGGAUUCGGGUUUCCGAGAGGAAUUAAGGGGCUUGAUGGGGGGCAAAACGGCAAAUGUGCCUAUGCUCUUUGUGAAAGGGAGGCUAAUUGGGAGUGUAGACGAGGUGGUCAGCAUGGAGGAAGAGGAGAAAUUAGGGUUUCUCUUUAGGGGUUUGCCAAGAUCAGGGGGAAUAAAGGCUUGUGAUGGUUGUGGAGGAGUGAGAUUUGUUCUUUGUGUUGAUUGCAAUGGGAGUUGUAAGGUUCGAGAUGAUGAAAAUAAGGUAGUGAGAUGUGGAGACUGCAACGAAAAUGGGUUGAUUCAUUGCCCAAUUUGUUGUUGAUUGGACAUUGGAAAGUUGAAGUUUGAAGGGCUUUCUUGUGUGCAUUUUGUUGGGUUUUGUUUGGUGUUUUCUCCAUGUCUUGAUCAGUAAGUUGUAACAUUCUAGUUUUGUGAUGAUACGGAUUAUCCAUAUCUUGGCCUGUAAAUACAUGGCUUGGUUUCUGGUUUUGCUGCUGUUUUGGGGCCUCUACCCUGUUUUGGGGUUUUGCUGUUUUGUGAAGAUAUGAUGCUGAUUUUGUAGAAAUUUCUCUCUUUCUAGA